GCUGUCGGCUCUGAGCGCCCGGUGCCCGUCGGGGCCAUGUCGGGCCGCCCACCGCGGCAAGAGGACGGGGAGAGCGCAGCGCUGCGCCAGAAGGAGGAGCUGAGCCGGCGGAUUAAAGAGCAGAAGGUUGUAGUCGAUGAGCUUUCUAAUUUGAAGAAGAACCGGAAAGUUUAUAAGCAGCAACCCAAUAGCAACAUAUUCUUCCUUGCAGACCGAACAGAAACAUUGUCUGAAUGCAAAAAUACAUUAGAUGAAUUAAAGAAGGCACAUCAGGAGCUGGAGAAUUCAGAAAAGGCAAAAAUCAAGAAAUAG